AUGCGGGAGGAAUUGGGAUCAGCCUUGGACGGCACUGGGGUUGACGAGCCGGAUGAUGCCUGUGCAUCCCUCCUCAAGUAUUUGACCUACGAGCCUGAUGAGAGACUUGGUCUAUGUUUUCUGCCUAGGCUUGACCAGUCAAUCUACCUAAUGAUCGCCCCUGUGGUGACUACACACUUUAAUGGAACAAAGACACAAAAUUGUCUGACAAGUCGGGCCCUCAAGGUCCUCCCACCAUCGGUCGGACCCGGCGCCUACAUGCAGUACGUACCUGUAGCCGGGCCCCACUGGGGACUUUGUCUCAGCGGGGAGCACCGUGCAAAAAAAAAGUUGGUGGGGGUGAGAUCAGAUUUCUGCCAGGGGGCCAGGGACAUCAACGUGCACGUCCCUAUUCUCACGGCUUAUCUAAUCGGGCGACUCGACCUCGCUUAUCUUAUCUCGUUGCCCGGUCAUCGCAGUAAACAAGGAUUGUGUCUCUUUGUCCCAUCGGCAUCAUUCGCGACCCAGACGACCCAGCUUUAG